GGGGCGGGCCGGGCAUGAGAAGGGCUGGGCCGAGGUGCCGCGGGGUUGCUGGAGGGUCGUGGGCGGCGUGCAGUAGACAUGUCGGGGGGCAGCAGCUGCAGCCAGACUCCCAGCCGGGCCAUCCCUACUCGCCGCGUAGCCAUCGGCGACGGCGUGCAGCUCCCUCCCGGGGACUACAGCACCACCCCCGGCGGCACGCUCUUCAGCACCACCCCGGGAGGAACCAGGAUCAUCUAUGACCGGAAAUUCCUGAUGGAGUGUCGGAAUUCACCUGUGGCCAAAACACCCCCCAAGGACCUGCCAGCCAUUCCUGGGGUCACUAGCCCUACCAGUGAUGAGCCUCCCUUGCAAGCCAGCCAGAGCCACCUGCACAGCAGCCCGGAAGACAAGCAGGCGGGCGGUGACGAGUCACAGUUUGAGAUGGACAUUUAAGGGACCAGCCAUAGGACGGAGUAAUGCUUCUGGGGCCCUGAGGGCCUCAGGAGGAGAGCCAACGGCAGCCAGGCCUUGUACCAGGCAGACAUUGGGUGUGGGCCAGGCACCCGGUCCUGCUCCUCAGGGCACCUGUUUUGCCUUCUGUUUUGUGAACACCAGCGCAUACCUCCUUGUGCCUCUGUUGGUAUCGAGCUGCUACUCCAGAGGAAAAACUCUCGCCUGUACCCUGCCUCAAGUGCCAGGAAGUGGACAGAGGGGCCUGUCAGAAUGGUCUUCUGGCAAUUCUUGCCUCCACCUCUGGAGCACACCCACCGUUUCCUUAGGUUGGGGUAUCUGGGAAGGCUAUUCUUCACUUCUUUCCCUGAGAGGAAAUAAAAGCCACAUUUACCCUAGGCCCCAA